AUGGAGAACUACGUGCCAACGACCUGCUGCGAAAAAAUGGGAUACAACAUCAUCGACCAGACGGAUUAUGUGGGACUCUCCAUGUGCCAGAGGAAGGAAAAUCCAUCCUUUAUCUAUCACAAGCCCUGUUUCGAAGCAGUCGUGGAGGAAGUAGCAAAGAUUAAGAAUGUUCUCAUCAUCAUCAUCGGAUCGUUGGCUAUUUUGAAAUUCAUCCUCAUCGUUCUGUCAGUGAAUCACAUGAAAACAAUAAAACACGAGAGCCAGGGGUUCCUAUCGAGACAUGGUCUCAAUCCGAUCAAGAGAUUGAAGAAUCUUUUCUGA